AUGGCUACAAGAAAGAAGGUGUUGUUAAAGGUUAUUAUUCUUGGUGAUAGUGGUGUCGGUAAAACCUCUUUGAUGAAUCAAUACGUCAACAAAAAGUUCAGUGGUCAAUACAAGGCUACCAUUGGUGCUGAUUUCUUGACAAAGGAAGUGAUGGUGGAUGACAAGUUGGUUACUAUGCAGAUUUGGGAUACUGCCGGCCAAGAGCGUUUUCAAUCAUUAGGUGUUGCAUUCUAUCGUGGUGCUGAUUGUUGUGUACUGGUGUAUGAUGUGAAUAAUAACAAGAGUUACGAAUCGCUCGGUCAAUGGCAUGAUGAAUUUUUGGUGCAAGCUUCGCCGCGUGAUCCCGAUAACUUUCCCUUUGUCGUGUUGGGUAACAAGGUAGAUGUUGAUGAAUCCAAACGUAUGGUUUCUCAAAAGCGUGCUAUGGCUUUCAGUCAAGCCAAAGGAAAUAUUCCUUACUUUGAAACAUCUGCUAAAGAUGCUAUCAACGUGGAGCAGGCUUUCCAAACAAUCGCAAAGAAUGCUCUCCAACAAGAGACUGACGUGGAACUCUACAGUGAAGUCAGUGAUCCUAUUCGUAUUGACAGCGAUAACAAUAGAGAUUAUAAUAAUGGAUGUGCAUGUUAA